UUAAGUUUUUCAUAUUUCAUUAUAUAAUUUUCUUCUUUCAGUUUUAAAAAACAAAAAAUACUAUUCAGAAAAUGGCAAGCCAUCAGGAUCUUAGCCACAAGGCUGAUGAGAUUGUUGGCCAGGCUCAGGUUAAGAGAGAUGAGAUGAUGAACCAACCCACUACUCAGGACCAAUCAUCUGCUGCCCAAACUGCGACUGACCUCAAGGAUCAAGCCGCAAGUUUCCUUCAACAGACUGGAGAGCAAGUGAAGAACAUGGCACAAGGAGCCGCUGAGGCAGUGAAGAACACACUUGGGAUGAACACUGAUAACACUUCAAACACCAACACCCACAAUCCAGCCAACAAUUCAGCCAACAAUCCUACCAACAAUCCAGCCAACAACCCUACCAGCAAUCCAACCAGCAAUCCUACCAGCAAUCCAUCCACUAGAAUUUAAAAACAUGAUGAAGCAUUAACUUACUUCAUUUUUUUCUUUUUGGUUUUUUUUUUUAAAUUAAAAUUGCUUUUUUUUCAUUAUGAGCAAAUGAAAAGGGUGAUCAACUUAAUGUUUUAUGUAUAAAUAAAUUGAAAGGAAGAGUGUGAUGUAUGGAUCCCCUUCCUUUUCAUUAAUUAAAUUUAAUUUCUAGUCUUUUUGCUCUUUC